GACAAGGGCACUGUAGACGUUUCUGGCUGGCUUCAGGUCUGUCGUGAUCUCCUUGCUUGGACUUCAGGCAUUUGGAUUUUCCUGCCUGUUUUCCACAGAGCCCAGGGCAAGGGAGAGGUGAAUUUGGCCAGAAGCGUGUCCAGAGUGCUAAUCCUGCCCUCUGCUCCUUCCCAGUUUCCUAGAGGAAGGGCAGCUGGCGUGGGCCCAGUCCCCAGGGCUACCAAAGGCCGUUUCCCUUUGCCCUUGUUGGCUCUGGCCAGCUCCCUCUUUCCUUCUUGCUCACUGCCCUGGCAGCAGGGCUGAGGAGUAACUCCCUUUUCCUUGCCUACGCUGCUUGCCCUUAAAAAGGCAACGGGGAGUUUCUCAGCAUCUGGUUGGGUCUCUGGAGGCAUCUGCUCCUCUCCAUUCUUACCCUGCAGAGGAUUAUGGCAAUCCCGGCCAGAAGAGAAGAGGGCAAGCCAGAGGAAGGGCAGCUGGAUUUAAGAAGGGAGGGUCGGGAGAAGCCACACACCUAGCAACAGCCCUUAUGGCCAGAGCAGGUGGGCACCAUCUGGCUGCCAGGUAGCUCUCCAGCGCCAGAGGGGUUGCUAUUGCAUGGAAGGAGUGCUUUUGCACAGGGCAAUUUCCCAUUAGUGGAAGACUGUCAAGGCAAUAUCCAGAAUAAAAAGUUUGUUGUUGUUGUUGUUGUUGUUGUUGUGUGCCUUCAAGUCACUUUUGACUCACGGCGACCCUAAGGCUGACUUUCCCACUCAGUUGUUGUCACACUUUGCACUGCCAUGUUCCAACUUGAUAAGAAUGUUCUUUUAAAAAAUAAGGAAAAGAAAUAAAGAUGAAGCAGCCAUUUUGAAUGCCAUUUUUUGGUUGGGAAGGACACAGGGUGACCAGACAUCCUCCUUUUCCAGGACAGGUCCUACAUUCCAACCUUCUGUCCAGCAGAAAUGCCAAUAUGCCCUCCAUUCUGAGCAUGAGUAAGAAGCAUGAAUUCAGUGCUGUGUAAAUUUAUAGCACUUUAUAAAUAAAGAUUAAUAAUAAUAAUAUUUAUAUUAGUGAUUUUGUUUUGUAACGCCCUACAUUUUGUGAAGUGUAUGGUUGCUUAUAAUACUUUGUAAUGGCCAUUGUGCCUGAUACAAAUAAGCUGUUGUACUACAUUUUGUGGUGCCUUGUCCUCCUUUGUGGUUAGAGCAUCUGGUCACCCUGCAAGGACAGAGAGAGAGGAGCAGAACUGACCCAUAGCUCCCAAUUAUUUGUGCCAUCUCACCUGUGCCAACCUCACUGGAGCCAAGGGGACAUGCCCAGGCUUUUGGACACCACUUCUUCCUUUCAGUGCAAAGGGAUCUCUUGGUGGAUUGGGGCCCAUGACCCUUUGCAGCCUCAGGAGGAAGGAGGCCACUUGGAUUUGCUGCCUGGACCUCUCAGGCCAUUCUUGGUCACUUUCUCUCCUCCUUCCCUGAAGCCGAGGCCACUUCCUUCCUCAACUGUGGCAUAUAAGGACUUGCCCCCCGAUUGUUUACUCAAGUGCAGCAAAAAAGGAGCACAUUCACAAAUGAGGCGUUGCUGCCCAACUUUUUUCCCCUCCCUGCAUACAUUUUUCUUACGAUAAUAAUUCACCGGACUCCCUUCUACCGUCGGCCGAAGGUCAAUAUAAUGAAAUAAAAGCCCUUAUAUGGCUAAUACACUAUCCGCUGGCCUUUUAAGGACCUCGGUUGGGGGAAGAUCCGCCUCUGGGGUUUUAUAGUCUCACUGGUAUUUAUACCAAAGGCAUCACCAGAACAGAGUCCCCGAGGAAAAGAGCUUUCCAGUGCAAAGGCCCUCUGCAUCUGAACACAACCGCCUCCGAUCUCAACAUGUGCGAAGAGGAGACAACCGCCCUCGUUUGCGACAACGGCUCCGGUCUUUGCAAGGCUGGGUUUGCUGGCGACGAUGCCCCCCGUGCCGUCUUCCCAUCCAUCGUGGGUCGCCCCCGUCACCAGGGUGUGAUGGUGGGCAUGGGCCAGAAAGACAGCUACGUUGGGGACGAGGCCCAAAGCAAGAGAGGAAUCCUGACCCUCAAGUACCCCAUUGAGCACGGCAUCAUCACCAACUGGGACGACAUGGAGAAGAUCUGGCACCAUUCGUUCUACAAUGAACUGCGGGUGGCUCCCGAGGAACACCCCACACUUCUCACAGAGGCGCCCCUGAACCCCAAGGCAAACCGGGAAAAGAUGACACAGAUUAUGUUUGAAACCUUCAAUGUCCCUGCCAUGUACGUCGCGAUCCAAGCCGUCUUGUCCCUUUAUGCAUCUGGCCGUACCACCGGUAUCGUUCUGGACUCCGGGGACGGCGUCACACACAACGUGCCCAUCUACGAAGGCUAUGCCCUGCCCCACGCCAUCAUGCGCCUGGACCUGGCUGGCCGAGACCUGACCGACUACCUCAUGAAGAUCCUCACAGAGCGGGGCUACUCCUUCGUCACCACCGCUGAGAGAGAAAUUGUGCGCGACAUCAAGGAGAAGCUGUGCUACGUGGCUCUGGACUUUGAGAACGAGAUGGCCACAGCCGCCUCCUCCUCUUCCUUGGAGAAGAGCUAUGAGCUGCCGGACGGUCAGGUCAUCACCAUCGGCAAUGAGCGGUUCCGUUGCCCCGAGACCCUCUUCCAGCCGUCCUUCAUUGGGAUGGAGUCUGCAGGUAUCCACGAGACAACAUACAAUUCCAUCAUGAAGUGCGACAUCGACAUCCGCAAAGACCUCUAUGCCAACAACGUCCUUUCCGGAGGCACCACCAUGUACCCAGGCAUUGCGGACAGGAUGCAGAAGGAGAUCACAGCCUUGGCGCCCAGCACCAUGAAGAUCAAGAUCAUUGCUCCUCCUGAGCGCAAGUAUUCGGUGUGGAUCGGCGGCUCCAUCUUGGCCUCGCUCUCCACUUUCCAGCAGAUGUGGAUCAGCAAACCGGAGUACGACGAAGCCGGACCGUCCAUCGUCCACCGGAAGUGCUUCUAAGAGACGGACGCUUCCCCGGAACGGAGAGGCCUUCCCUUCUUCCUUUUGCAGCUCUUCCUGACCCUUCCCUUCAUGAAAAGCAUUAAAAAGCGUUUUUUCAAGC